AUGCCAGGCGUCGUAGAUACUCCCGCCGGCCCAAGCUGGCCAGGUCUGGGAUUUACGGUCGCGCAUCAAAAGGUUGAGCUAGAGUUGGACUUUGCGAGUCGGAGUCUGAAGGGCAAAACCGAGAUCAUCAUCCAUCCGCACUACAAAGACCUGCGUUACAUUCGUUUGAACUUUCGACAGGGAGAAUUGAAGCGUGUUACAGUCAGUGGAAAAGUGCCUCUAGUGAAGUACACGGAUCCUUACGAGUCGCUUCAACUAUACGGCCCUCAUUACCACCAACGCUUAGCGUCAAAACUCGAUGCCCUCCUCAAAACACCUUCCGAGCCCGAGCUCACCCUUACCCUCCCGAAAAGCGUCCGAAUAGAUGAACUUGAUCCGUUCUCUGUCGAGGCUCAAGACCAGAUGGCACUGCGGGCGCCCGGGCUGGCUGAUGAUACCGAGGGGCCUCUAAGCUCGAAGACCGCCGAGACAUCCCUUCCUCGAUUCACGGCUCUCACAGUUACUAUUGAAUUUAUUGUCGAAAACAUACGAGAUGGGAUACAGUUUGUUGGAGUGGAAAACGGGGACAAGCGCUAUCCACACGCUUAUACGACAAACUCUCUUGAUCACGGCACCGGGUGUCCGCUCUUCCCUUGCGUUGAUGAUCCUUCUUCACGAUGCACUUGGGAAAUAGCGAUCAGAUGCCCGUGUACUCUUGGCGAUGUGUUUGAACGCAAACCUCGAGACCAGUCAGUUAGUGGGACCGGGACUCGCCUAAGAUCAAACCACGAUCGGCUUGCCCCAGAUGAUGAAGCCCUAGACUUGUCCGUCGUCUGUUCUGGGGAGCUGACGGAUGACAUUGUUGAUUCAAAAGAUUCCAGCAAGAAGACUGUCUCGUUUGCUUCCUACUCUCCUCUCUCCGCACGGCAGAUUGGGUUUGCUGUUGGUCCUUUUGAGUACGUCAACCUCGCUGACUUCCGGGAAAGUGACCAAGACGAGCAGCUUGGUCAAAACGCCAUCCCACUGCAUGCGUUCUGCCUUCCGGGUAGAGGCGAUGAAGUUCGCAACACUUGCUUUCCUAUGGCAAAGGCUAUCGACUUUUUCUCAAUGACUUACGGAUCAUACCCGUUUUCAAGCUAUAAAAUGUGCUUCGUUGAUGAUGCGCCGGAAGACACAUUGCCAACAGCAUGCUUUUCGAUAUGCAGCAGCCGUCUUCUGUUUCCAGAGGAGAUAAUUGACCCAAUGUACGACUCUACUCGUGCCAUCACUCACGCUCUAGCUGCUCAAUGGAUCGGUGUCAAUAUCGUGCCAAAGGAACCGGCUGAUACUUGGGUAACGGUUGGCGUUGCCUGGUACAUCACAGACACGUUCAUGCGCAAACUUUGCGGGAAUAAUGAAUAUCGUUUUCGGCUGAAAUUGAUGUCAGACCGAGUGUGUGACCUGGAUUAUGAGCGUCCAUCGGUGUAUGAUAUGGGAAACAUCUUGAGCAUAGACCCAUCAGAGGCCAAAUUUAUUGCGCUCAAAGCGCCGUUAGUUCUCUUCAUCCUCGAUCGACGCCUCACUAAAGCCAGCGGGAAAGCAACCAUGUCGCGGAUUAUCUCUCGUCUUUUCCUGAAUGCUCGUAUGGGAGAACUACCGAAUGGGGCUGUCACGUCCUCAGUUUUCCAAAAGACGUGUGAGCGUUUGGGACACGCAAAACUGGAUACCUUUUUCAACCAAUGGAUUUAUGGUGCUGGUUGCCCCCGGUUCCAAGCCACGCAGAGAUUCAACAAGAAGAAAUUGGUGGUGGAAAUGAUGAUCAAACAGGUUCAGUCAGAUCAGCCGACCGCUCGCGAUCUAGAACGGGAUGCGUUUAUGCGCGACGUCAAAGAAGAAAUUCGAAAUGUUUACGCCGGUACAAUACAACCUGUUUUUACCGGCUCAAUGACGAUCAGGAUUCACGAAGCUGACGGCACACCAUAUGAACACAUCGUGGAGAUCAAAGAAGGUGUCACGAAAUUUGACAUACCCUAUAAUACGAAAUAUAAACGACUGAAAAGAAAUAAGCGACAGAAAGAGCGUGCUGCUGCUGUCAUUGGUGCUGAUGGGAACGCGGAAGUGCAGGAGGACAUUCUGCUAUACUGUCUUGGGGAUGUAUUGCAGAGCGAGGAGGAGAUGCAGCAAUGGCGACUUGCUGACUGGAGCAAAGAGGAUGAAGAACGAAUGGGUCAAGAAUCUUAUGAAUGGAUUCGCAUGGAUGCAGAUUUUGAAUGGAUCUGCAAGCUUUCGUUGGUUAUGCCAGGAUACAUGUACCUUUCACAGCUCCAGCAAGAUCGAGAUGUGGUAGCUCAAUUGGAGUCCCUACAGUACAUGGCCGCGCAACGCGAACACCCUCUGAUCUCUACGAUCUUUCUUCGAACGUUAAUGGACCGACGAUAUUUCUAUGGAAUUCGGGUGGCGGCGGCUCGUGCUUUAGUGAAACAUGCCAAAGAAGAAAUCAACUGGCUAGGGCUAUUUCAUCUCGAGAAAGCUUUUCAAGAGCUAUUCUGCCUGCCGGGAUCUCCUAUGACUCGGUCAAAUAACUUCUCAGAUAGGGCCGCGUAUGUCCUUCAGCUAGUCAUUCCCGAGGCAAUUUCCAAAGUGCGCGACGUCAGUGGUAAGACUCCCAUGAGGGUGAAGCGGUUUCUUUAUGACAAGCUGAAGUUCAACGACAACUCCAAUAAUGAGUACUCGGACAACUUCUACGUGGCCACAUUGAUGAAGUCCCUAUGUCACGCCAUGCUUGGAAGAGUUGAGUCCCGUACUGAUGACCUGAACAAUUUUGAUAUGGACGCCGUUCUAGAAGCUCAAGCCGAAGAACAGCUGGAGAAGGACGCUAUUGCGGAAAUCGACCGAUAUAGGAGAAUGGACGAGUGGUCAAGCUCUUUCCAGAACCUCUACUCCCGCGCGGCUCUAUAUUGCCAAAUGCAGCUGAUGCAAGCUAAAAUAGCUGAAGUCGACGUUAUGCAAUUUCUACCCUACACGCGGGUAGGCACUUAUGACCUCCUUCGCCUGGACGCUUUCGAAUGCCUUGUCGAGCUGGACAUCUUCAAAAGCCCCGAACUGCUUCGGUGGUUCAUUUUCACCAUGUCAAAUGACCCGUCCAUAUGGCUCAGGUGGCAGCUUCACGGCCUAUUUGGUAGGGCACUCGCACCUGUCGCAUUCGGCCGAGGCGUAAUCAACGAGCCACCACCCCCAACCGAUGGUCUAAUAAUCGAGCAAGAGUCCUCGACAGAGGUUCGACAGGCUGAUCUUGCUCGAAGGCAAACCGUCACUGGGGCUUUGGCUGCUCUCAAAGCUGAGGUCUCCGGGGACCAAGUGCUCAAAGAGUGUCUCUGGGCCGCAUGCAGUUCGCCAAUAAUCGGCAUCCUAGAGCUCUCCGAAUUCACGGACCUUUGUAGAGUCAUAUAUGAUCCGGUCACUUCUAAGAGAGUCACCCUGAAAUACCCCCGCUACUGGGCGGUCAAGCAUCAUGGAAGGGGUCGCCUCCAGUUUUACCGCACAAACAAAAUCCGCACUUCCCUCAACCCCUCAACCACAUCCUCCGCAAAACGCAAAAGAGAAGACGGGACAGCCAUGCCAGCCCCUAGUUCUGGCCUCCGCGUCACGUUCAAGCAGUCAAGACCGAACCCCAGCAAUCACCACCCCAGCACCCCCUCCGCCAAAACCCCAGGGCCAAGUUCAGGUCUUGGAACUCCCUUGCAACAAAGACAGCCCACGAAGCUACAUAUUCCGAACUUCGCUGCAGCGCAGGUUCACCGUCAGCCGCCGUCACACACCCCCGCGACUCCGUCUACGCCUGGUGGCGGGCUCAAGCUGAAAUUGAAACUUGGGUCCCAGCCUAAGCAAUAA